UCAGAUGAUUCAUUCUUUUGUUUGAGUAUGGACGGUAUACUUGAAAGUAUGAGGGAAGAAGAUUUUGUUGAGUAUUAUUUAUUUCCCGUUGAGACUGAAGACACUAUUAAUGCGAAUGAAGAAAGACAACAGGACGUGAAGGUAGCAUUGUCUAAUGUGGAGUCCGUAGUCCGUAAAUACAGUCAAAAUUAUAUAUGGCAUAAAGAUUCCUUCAGUGUUACUGCACCAUUGUUGUCAUUGUCUUCAGUGGAGAAUGGCAGAGGUCCACUGCCACAACAUUUAUAUGGCAGUUUACACUAUGGGGAUGACAUAGAAGAUGAAUGGUUCGUUGUCUUUCUGCUGCUGCAGUUAACAAAAGAAAUUAAUGGCUUGGUGGCAAGAGUUACUGAUUCAGAUGGUGAGUUCUUGCUUAUUGAAGCUGCAGAGUAUCUCCCAGAGUGGGCCAAUCCACAAACUUGUGAACAAAGGGUGUACUUGUAUCAAGGAGCUGUACACAUUAUACCCAUGGAACAAGGAAAUGGAGAAGACAGACAUCUGUUGUCUGUAGCAGAUGCUGUAUCCCAAGUACGUAAACAACCACAAAAAACUAUAGCUUCACUGGCUGUCCAAAAGGCUCUUCAAGUGAGGGUUGAGGGUUACCCUGGCAAGAUUGCCGAAUUGCUGCAUCGGACAAAUGCCUAUGUUCCGGUUGGAGUUGCAGCUUUACUAAAAGAGAAGCCUAAUCUAAUUUCAGCAGCAGUUUUGGCCUUCUGUAAUAGAGAUCCUAUUGAUAUGAAGGCAUGUCAAGCUAUGCGUUACUUUCCUCCUGAGAGCAGAGUAAUGACAAGUGUGGUAUUCACUAAAUGUCUCUAUGCAAUGAUCACUUAUCACACGUUUAACCCCGACCAACGAACGGGGUGGAACAUGCCUCCACCAGACAGCACAGACUUCAAGGCUCAUAGCCUAGGAGUGAAACUGGCAUGUGGAUUUGAGAUUUUGGUUGCCCAAGCAAAACCAACGUCUCAAGGGGAUAUGCAAACCCAGAAUCCUGUUGACCUAGGAGGUGAUCGUGGCUGGCAUCAGUAUUUGAAUAGCUUAAAAAAGACAGGCUACUUCAAGGAUCUUCUGGAAGGUUCAAAAGAUUAUCAAAGCCUGCUUACCAAAGCUGAAGAGUACUAUAUAAAUCACAGAGAUCUGUUACAUUGUGAUCCAUCCAUAGGACAAGAAAUAUUUACCCUAUUAAACAGCAUUGAAUAUGAUGUAGAAGAAUUCAAGAAGGCCGAGAGAAAUCUUCCGCCUCCAGAUGAUGAAAAAUGGUUGGAGUUGUGUCCGAAGGACUUGGAUGCAAUGUUGGAACAACAAUAUGGGCCGAAGAAAUUUGUUGAAACAAACAGUAACAGCAAUCCGUCAGAGUUCUCUGCUCAGCUGAACAAAUUUCUGCAUUAUUUAUCAGAAGUAGAUGGAGCUGAAUACCCAUGUGGCGAUCAAGAAACAUCAAACACAGCUGAAACCCCUCCAGUCCGUCCAAAAAGAGGAAUAAAGAAAGGUAAAGGAAAAGGUGUCACUUUUGCUACAGAAGUUAAAAACUCUGAGGAAGGGACUUCAUCUCCUGGUUCAGGAAACAGAAUAUCAUUUGAUCCAGAAGCAUUCUCAUGCACAGUUCAGAAUAUUCUUGAUUUUGUAAUCCCCGAAGACAGCUGGGAUUUGGAAUCGGAAGGCUCAGGAAUGAGUUCAUACGAAGAUGAGAUGGAAAUGGAUCUUAAUCAGUUAAAACCAGGAAAGGGAAAGAAGGGGGGAGAACCGGAAUCAGAAAUGAAGCAGUACAUGGACCAAAUGGAUCGAGAACUAGCCAGUUCAACCAUUGGACAGAGCUUUGAAAAAGUUGCCAGCACUAAAGUUAAGAGACCUGCAAGCAGUGCUGUAUCAGAAGAAGGUGAUAACUUUGAAGAUAUAGAAGCUUUUGAACCUGUGGAUAUUGAUAUGAAUGCCCUGAAGAACAUUUUGGAAUCAUACCAGUCACAGAUGGGUGGAGCCGGACCUGCUAUCAACAUGCUUGGUCCUCUGGGUAUAAGAUUACAGCCUGGACCAAAACCUGGGAAUUCAUAAAAUGAAGAAGUAAACUGUAUAACAGAUAACCCAAAUAGUUGGAAUUUUAGCCCAUCAAAUUACAACUAAAGUUUUGGUGAGAAGUGCAUACAUGAAAUGUAUUAUAUAAAAAUCUUCCUCUUUUUAAUCAACAUUCCUUUCAUGAAGGAUCAGGGAAUCAUAAGGCCAGCUUUCUGGGUAUGUGUGAGAAUGGCUUUUUCAGUUCAAGAUGAGAUCGAGCUGAAAAUUUGAAAAAAUGUUGAGAAUCAAAGUGCGAACAAGUGUUUUCUUUAGACCAGUUUCUUCACACUGCUAUAUUAUAAUUCUGGUGAAAUAUUAACCCAUGAAUGUGUCAAACCCCUGCAUUCAAAGAUUCAUUAAGUUUCUGUUCACAGUAGGAAAGAAUCUACUACUGUACCAAUUUAUAAAAUGGGGGACAAAAUAACAUUGCCGUAACUUUUGCUAACCUGAAGUUCAUCAACCAUAUACAAAAUUUUAUAUACUCUUCCUCUUAUAUGGUUAUUAACCUUUAUCAUCCAGGAGUAGGGGUUAAAUGCCAGAACCGGCAGUCACAUGCUUCAGGGUUCUCAAUAGUAAAGACGUUAGUAUUGAAAAAAACUAGCUUUAAAACUAUGAUUGCUAAAACAGCUUUGUAAAACUCAUUUGAAAUAAAACAAAGUGCCAAAAUCUGUAGUGCUACUUUCAUACUAAUAGAAAAUAAUUUUCACUAACAUUUGUUGAUUCGUAUAUAUUUUGUAUACAAAUUUCUGGAAAUCCAUUCCUUCCCACAGUGUGACAGGAUUUUUGAUCUAGAUGUUCAUAUUUGCUUGGUAGAUACAGAACACAGUUCAUAUACUGAGGUAGACUUUACAGUUUAAUUCCAUAUAUUUAGUAGUUUUCUCAUCAUGUUUGAGGACAUGCAACACCACAAGGUUGAUCCUGCAGCAGAAUAAGUAUUGAUGUGUCACCUUUCAGGGUGGGGCAUUUGACUGGCUUGGGAGUGACAUGAAUUGAGGAUGAUUCUCUCUCGUGGGCCAGUGUCUCCAACAGUUCUGAAUUGAAGUCAGGUGGAAUUACUGAUGAUCUGUUUUUCUGCCUCAGAAUGAUAAAGUUUGCAUUCUGUUUAUUCUUUCCAAAUAUAUGCUCUUAUUGUAAGUUAGCUAGCCUUUCUGCACAAUUUGUAAAUACUGUCACUGUGUUAGUGUUUUAGUGACUAGACAUGGGGUUUGGAUUGGUAAUUGCACUUGUUGAAUGCUUAUGACUUGUAACUGUGAAUAAUUAAAACACUGUCACUAAUCUGCACACUCUGCAGAUCACUAUAGCACACAGUCUUCUGUCUCUUGUUAUAUCUUUGAUAGUCAUUUCUGGUAGUGGCUUCUAACAGUGGAGGUUCCUCUGUUUCUGUGCACAUGGCUAACCACAAACUACAAGUGCCAACUUCCAGCUCACCACUGACUUGCUUUCAAUUUCAGGUAAAUGGCUGCUGGCCUUAAUCAGCAGUCAUAAUUGGUUCGGCACUGUGGGACUCACAUUUUUCUGUUUCACAACUACAACUGACUUGCUUCACUUGCGAGCACAAUUAUUUUUUGGUUCUGGGUUCCAUGGGACUCAUGACAAUAUAUUUCUCAUAGCUGAGUCACUUUGUUCUGUUUGUCCUCAUUAUAUAGCCUCAGCACCAACUGCAUAGAAAACACUGCUUCUUGUGCCGUUGCCUAGCAAUGGAUGUCUCCUCUGGCUACACUGUUCCAGCUUUGAGGUGUCAUAUCACAAUAUUUACACCAAAACAUUUAUAUUUCUUAGGACUGUAUUGCUGUCCCUCUGUAAAAUACAGCACAGAUAUUACUGUCAUAGUUGUCAGUCUUGUCUGAAUCACACAGAAAUCUCAUUGUAUGAAAAAAGCGGUCGCAUUUCAUCAUUACUGUAAAAUUUGAUAUAAGAGUGUUCAUAGCUGGACUGUAUCUCUCAGUCUGUCCCUGACUGUAUGUUCCAUUAUUUUUUAUUAUUAUAGCCAAAAAAGACAUGAUCUCUGGAGUCAUAUCAAGAAAUCAUGAGUGUCUGUCUUCCAUUUCAAACAUGUAUAAAUAUCAGUUGUAAUCAUAAUACUUAUUAGUUUCAAUGUCCGAAACAAGAUUAGGCAAUGCAGUGGCAGUCACAUGUUCUCACUCCCCAUUCUGUUCAACAAUUUAAGGGUGAGAACACUUUUCCUUUCCAGCAUUUGCCCAUUAGCAUUAUAAUUCUAGCAGUUCACUGCCUAAUACUUCUAGAUGGAGUUUAGAAAGUCUUCCCCCCACCCCUCCUACCCACACAUACACUGAGAAAAUUACUCAUUUACAUCUACAUUCUGAA